AUGUCACAUGGAGGGGGCUGGCUCUGGGGGCCCGUGUUUGGAUGGUUCAACCCGCACCUAACCUUCUCCCCACGUCCUCCCAUCUCGCCGUACUCCGGAGCUGCCGUAAACCUGCCAGCCCUGAGUGCCCCGGCCUCCCUGUGCCUGUCGGACGGUCCCUGGCAGCUCCCUCCCUCUCCCCUGAUCCCGCGGCCCCGGCUUGAUUGGUACAGCCCUGAAUCAUAA